UAAACCAAAAAGGAACUAGAAGAAACCGAACACACCUACAGCCUACAAUAUAUAUAAACCCAAAGAACACUAAAUUUAAUACUCUCUAUACCUCGCAGGUUUUUGGGUUCUCUCUGUAUUAUCUCUGGGUUUUUGUGUAUUAAUAUUGUUUUUCUUGCCAUUCAAUUUGCGUUUGUUUUUUAAUUUGUUUACCUAGGCUUUCUAUAGAAAUUUCUUAAUUGUUCAUAAUAUGUCGGCGGCCAAGCUUGAUGUUUCUUGCGGAUGGGAGUUUAGUAAUCAAUUUCCUAAGAAGCAUUAUUGCAGGAAUGCUGUUCUCGAUUUAAGCGAGAAUUUGUUUCUUUUAGGUUUAUCCAAUGUGGGUAGUGCACAAAAUUGUAGUUUUGGAAAGGAAAAUAGAAGGGUUAAGGAUUGUGAAAUUGCAAAGCUUUGUGAAGAAGAUGGAAUUAAAAUUCCUUUUCAAAAGAAAAAGAAAAUUUCCCCAAUUGAGUCUCUGCCUGUAAUAGUAAAUCCAGGUCAUGGAUCGAACCGUCCCAUGGUUGAUCUUACCGAAUAUGAGGAAGAGGAAGUUAAGAUUCCUAAUGCAAGUCCUGAAAAUAGUGUUAUCUCAUCAGAAUCUGAAGGCCAGGAGUCCAAUUCAAGUGAUGUAGAGGACGAACCUAUAAAUCCCGGUGCGUACGGGAUUGUGUACAAAGCCAAAGAUAAGAAGACGGGGGAAUAUGCAGCGUUGAAGAAAGUGAAGUUAGAAGGAAUGCGAACGGAGGGUUUCCCCGUGACAGCUUUACGAGAGGUAAACAUUCUUUUCUCUUUGCAUCAUCCUUCAAUUGUGAAUGUGAAAGAAGUUGUUACAGAUGAAUUAGAUAAUAUUUAUAUGGUGAUGGAUUACAUGGAGUAUGAUCUCCGCGGAUUGAUGGAUUCGAUGAGGUAUCCGUUUAGUUUAAGCCAUGUUAAGUACAUGAUGCUGCAGUUAUUGGAAGGUGUCUCUUAUCUUCAUGAUAAUUGGGUGAUUCACAGGGAUCUCAAGACAUCUAACAUCCUUUUAAACGAUGAUGGGAAAUUGAAAAUCUGUGAUUUCGGGUUGUCACGCCAGUAUUCGAACCCACUGAAGUCUUACACGCCUUUGGUAGUUACCCUAUGGUACAGGGCUCCUGAAGUUCUAUUAGGAAAAGGACAGUAUUCAACAGCAAUAGAUAUGUGGUCUGUUGGUUGUAUAAUGGCUGAACUGUUAACUAAGGAGCCUUUAUUUCGAGGUGAAACUGAAAUUGAUCAGCUUGACAAGAUUUUCAAAAUUCUUGGCACACCUAAUGAGACGAUUCGACCUGCGAAUUUUACGUUUAAAAGGUCGAAAGCAAAAUUCAUUCAGCAGCCAUUUAACAUGUUGCGCAAUAAGUUUGCUGGUACAACUUUUGGAGGCCCUCCGGCACUUGGUGAUUUAGGACUUGAUCUGCUAAACAAAUUUUUGAUCUUCGAUCCAAAGAAGCGAAUAACAGCGAAAGAUGCUCUUCGCCAUGACUGGUUUCGCGAGUUCCCUCCUCCAAACUAUGAUUUCAAGCCGGCGUUACAUGUCCAGCGUAGCCGAAGAAAUUACCUGUAACUGCUUUUUUUGUUCUUGGAAAUCAUCUUGUUUGAUACAAAUGUGGUCAUUUAAUGAUGAAAUGCUGUUUUUGAAGAUGAAGGUCAUGGUGGAUUUGCUCAUAUUUUCUUUGCUUAUUUUGCUGUAGAAAUGGCAAAGAUAAUAUAUGAUGAUGGAAUACAAUUAGCAUUGAAAUGCUAAAACAUGAAAAUCAUAAAAUGUAAAUUUUAAAAUGUUUGCAAAUAUAUACGAGUGUAGUUUGACUAAGAUUCAAGUUGGUACGAUCUUUUUUGUCCAAUUCUCAAAUAGGUAAAAACAAUUAAAUUACUUUUAUAAUUAUUCUGGGGUACUUUA